AUGUCCGGUGGUAAAGGUGGUAAAGCUGGUUCUGCUGCUAAAGCUUCUCAAUCCAGAUCUGCUAAGGCUGGCUUGACUUUCCCCGUCGGUAGAGUUCACAGACUUUUAAGAAAAGGGAACUACGCGCAAAGAGUUGGUUCUGGUGCUCCAGUCUACUUGACUGCUGUCUUGGAAUAUCUAGCUGCUGAAAUUUUGGAAUUAGCCGGUAACGCUGCCAGAGACAAUAAGAAGACUAGAAUUAUUCCUCGUCACUUGCAAUUAGCUAUCAGAAACGAUGACGAGUUGAACAAGCUUUUGGGUAACGUGACUAUCGCUCAAGGUGGUGUUUUGCCAAACAUUCAUCAAAACUUGUUGCCAAAGAAGUCUUCCAAACCAACUCAGGCUUCUCAGGAGCUUUAA